AUUGCAGUCAGUUCCAAAGCCAGUUCCGUUGUUAUUGGAAGACAUAUCUUGUCCAGGUCUGUUCAUGAUACACAGUGAAAUAGGACGCAUCUGAAAAGAAGGGUGUGUUCCUGCCUCUCCAGCACCCCCCGCAACCCUGACGAGGAAUGAGCAGUGUCUUCACCCACCUCAGAAACAUGGAUACUCAAGCAAGACUGUGGGUGUUCUGCCUGUACCUGCAAGCUCUCUGUGCUCCAGGAAUCUCUGACGAGUGGGAGGCUGACAUCGUUCCCAAGUUAAAAGCUAUGACUGAUUCUUGUGUGGUGAUACCAUGUGUUUUUAAGUACCCUGGGACACAAAAGUCUGAAGACCAACUGAGGGCUAUAUGGUACAAAAAAAAGGAUACAAAAGCAUUAAUCUAUGAUGAAGAUCAGUCAAAGGUGGACAACGCAUAUAAACGUCGCACAAAGCUAUUGGGAAAACUCGGAAAAUUAAACUGUUCCUUGGAGAUUGACGACAUCAAGAGCUACGACAACGAGGAGUUUUGCUUCAGGACUGAAAUUCCUGACUUCGACCAAUACUCCUUCAAACAAAGCUGUGUGCUAAUUUCCACAUUUGAGGAUGCGAGCAAACCAAAACUGAGUCACCACCAAGAACCUGUCGAGGGGAGCCCCUUCACGGUUACCUGCUCUGUCAUUCACACCUGUCCCUCGCACUUUCCCACACUCACCUGGAGCCACGGCACCCAGGACAAAAUCAUCACCGAGCACAAAGACAUGGGCCACGGACAGUGGGAGAGCCAGUCGAUCCUCACGUUCAUCCCAACGCAGGAGGACGACCAUGGUGAAGUGUCCUGCACAGUGACAUACUAUGGAAGAGACCCCAUGAAGGAGGCCAUCAAACUCAAUAUGAAACGUAAAUUCAGCAUGCUCUACAUCAUCAUCCCUGUAACAGCUGCAGUGGGGACUGCAGUAGUCUUUGGGGCACUUUGCAUUUUGAUGAGAAAGAAAUACAAGAAUCGCAUUGAGGCUCUUCAGAGAGGUGGUGACCAUGGGCUGUGGAACAGACUUUCACGAUUGACACGCCGAAGACACCCUGGUGAUUAUCACGAUGGAGCAUCACGUCCUGAAAGGCGAUCUAUUUGGAGUAGAUUUUCUCGGAGACCACAUGGGAACAAUGCUGAUGUUGGUUACAGGGUUAAUAAUGAGGUCACAUCGGUUGGAGGCGCACAUUUCUCGAAACCCCGCUGCCCAUCUCCUAAAAGUAACCCAAGGUCUUCAUGUGGUGCCAACUCUGGAAACAACUAUAGUAACAAUAGUAUUUAAUUUCAAUGGAAAUAAUGCAUGCAUACUGAAUGAUAACUGCGCCGAUGCCAGCAUAUAUGGAAAUGUGUAGCUGAUGCCAGCACAUAUGGUCAAGAUACAAUGGAAGAGGUCACCAGACAAUCGCUGUUCCCUUACCAAUUUUUCUCUGGUCUUUCUCCAGUCAUUUUAUUUGUGGAUCAUUCUUUCUCAAAAGGUACAGUACAUCAAUAUGUAUGAAAAAACAUGGGUAUCUUAGCUUCUGUUGAACUGAUCAGAGCAUAAUUAUAUGAUCCAGAAACAACACUAACCUUCUGGGUUUAGUUCAAAUUUAAAGCUAUUGAAAAAGUAGCACCGUUUCAGUUCAUAUAUUACUCUCAUUUAACACAUUCCAUGGCUGUAAAUAACUUCCAAGAGUGAACAUUUAUGUAAUUUUAGCACAAUAUUUCAUGUGACGAUAUUGCAUGUGUGCAUCCAACAUACCCAUGUACUGUGUAUACUAAUAUACUGUACCUAUAUACCAUGUAUUUUUGUGAAUGACAAAUAAAGAAUUGCCACCACAGAA